AUGUCCACCAACGAUAAAAAGGUUACCACGGUUACGAUCGAAAGACGAAGUUCAGAAAACAGCCUCGAGGUCAGAACACCACGCACAGCACGCUUCGCCGAAGCCACAUCAGUCUACUCUCCGGUUGACCCACCUCGGUCACCGCUCGCCUACCCCACUAACCACUACAAGCCGCAACCCCAAGUGGCAGACGUAGGCUUUGGCUACAUGCAGUCUGUCGAAAUGGAGGAGACUGACCGCAAAUACCUUCCCCCACCAACGCCAAAGACUCCACUCCGGAGUGCUUUGAAGUCACCAGGUGCUCCUCCACGAACACCUGGUGGCGCCGCCUCCAUCAUGAGCCCUACAUUCAAGCAAGAGAAGAUGCUGGAGAAGCGGGAGGCCAUGACAGAGAAAGAGCAGGCCAAAGACUUGGUAGACUCUCCCAUCCUUGCACAAUCCAGACAAGCCACUAAUAACGUCCACCAGAAAAUCAAAGUACGAGUGAGGCUAGCCAAGAUUUUCCUUCGCGGCAUCAACUUCGCCUGCAGUCUCAUCGUUCUCUCCAUGAUUGCAACCGCAUUCGCCAUAUUCAACACCACAAAACAUCUCGCACCAAGAAACGGCCUUCCUCCAUGGGCUCAAAAUACCAUGAUCUGGCCCCAGGUCCUGCUUCUCUGCAUCGCCGCUCUCUCCCUCGUCAUCUCCAUCGUUGUCAUCAUCGCCUACUGGAAAGGCGGUCACCGGAAAGCAGAGAAAGUCGCUGCUUACUACACUGUCUUUGCUAUCGGAUUCUUCAUCUUCAGCAUCAUCAUGUGGGCCGUAGGUGCGGCUGUAUUCAACCAGAGCAAAGCCCAGAACAACAACAAGGACAUGUGGGGUUGGUCCUGCGUGGACAACAAACGAAGACAUCUCUUUGAGAACGACAUUGCCUACAGCCUUGUCUGCCGUCUGCAGAAUUGGGCUCUGGUCUGUUGCAUCAUCGAAAUCGUCAUUGAGGUUCUCUGUAUCAGUAUCUACGGCAUUGUCUUCUACCGAUUCUGGUCCAAGCGGAAGCUCAGGAAGUCCAUGGCCCAGCGUGAUCGCGCCCGCUCUGAUCUUUACCUCGCACAGCUCCGCUCUCAAUCCGCCCCCAACACCCCCGGCUUUGGCCCAAUGUCACCUCGCUCCGGAGGCUGGAGACCCCCUCCAGGCCACCCCAUGUACGUUGACCCGCACUCCGCCGCUGAGGCUGGUGAGAGCGACAAGGUUCAAUACGCAUAUGCGCGCGAGAUCGCCCAACCACAGCCCUUUGCCCUCCAAAUGCCACCCAUCAAGAUUACAGGCGCAACACCAAAGAUGGAGCAAAAUGGCUUCGACGCACCCGCACGCACACAGACAGUCUCACCACCACUUGCGUCACCUGCUUUUGUGGAGCGACACAACGAGCAUGUCGCAGCAGCACCCGGCGAGCAAACUUAUGCCGCUGUGCCCAUUCCGGGUGCAUACACACCCCUUGCGUCGCCCUCCUACCCGCCGCCCCAACAAGUCCCAGGCUUUGACUUUGGGUCCUCGGUAACGGGCCAGAAAUGA